AUGUAUCUGAGGAAGAAGAACAUUGUGCUUGGGACUACCAUCACUUCUACCUUGUAUGAGAAGUAUCUGAAGGUUGCUCGUGAACAUGUUUAUGGCUUCGAGCCAUUUGACUUCAACCUCUCCUACUAUUGCACUCAAGAAUUUGCCAACUGGUGGAGGCAAUACUUUUACAGUAGGCAUCUAGGAGAUUCAGCACUAAUCUCUAGAUUGGAGAGUGGUUUUACUCAACCCCAAAUCAACAGAAUCGAACAACAAGUCAAACCUGCAGUCGCAAAGAAACAAGCCACAGAAGCUUUGAAGAGCCUUCUAAGAUCAACCAACACCAUCACUACUGAAACUGGCCCAUCAAAGAAACUGAAGCCUAGCGUUGUAAUCGUCAGUGAAGAAGAAGAGGAGGAGGAAGAAGCAAGCUUUCAGAGGAAGAGGAGUCAGCCUCCUGUGCACAUCGAAACAACUGUUCCAGUAGAUAUUCCCUCUUAUAGCCCUUCUGCUGAAGAAAGAAAGGAGAAGAAGCAAGAAAGGAAGGAGAAGAAAGAAAGGAAGGAAAAAAGGAAAGAAGAAAAGAAGAAGAAAGAAGAAAGGAGAAGUUCAGAAGAUCGAACCACAGAGAAAAAGAAGUCUAAGUCUUCGAGUGGUCCUUCUGAAACUAACCUUGACAUUCCUUCUAAUUUAGAUGAGCAAAGAGAGCCCACUCCCCAAGCAGAAAUUCAAGAAGAUGUUGUUAUGCCUGAUGCAACUCUUGAUGACUCGAACAACAUGCCCCAGCAAGACACUAUUCCAGAGGAAACUAUAUCGAACAAAUCUAGUGGUGACACAGUCAAGGAUAGUGAGGCCACUAUAUCUGAAAAGAUUAUGCCAGAGCCAAGCCCAGACCAACCAGAGCAACCUGAAUCCAAUGACACUCAUGACAAGACUUCUCCUUUCAAGGAAUGGGGCAAGACUGCACCAGUCGAAGUCGAAGUCUGCCAAACUUCCUCAGAGGAAGAAGAGUUUGAUUCUGAGGCUAUGAAGGAAGCAGAGGCUGGAGGAUCAGAAUUGCUUCCCGAGACUUCAACCUCGAAGCUAUCAGCCAGCUUAGGGCUUCCUGAAGAAGAGUUCAUUGCUUUGCAAAGGGAUGACCCAGAAGCUGCCUUGAAACUCUUGCUUUCCAAGAAGACCCCUGAUCCUGUGAGUUCGAGCGGACCAAGCAAUUCGACUGCUUCAGACUAAGAAAUCAACUCUUCUGUUCGACAGGAUUCUCUGAUUUCAAAGCUAUACAAUGACUUUAUCAAUGGAGACAUCUUGGCAUCAGUGGAGGAGCAUCCUUCUAACGCUUUUAAGCAUAAAUAUUUUUUGAACAGGUUGCACAAUCCUCACACGGAUGUCGAAACUCUGGGGAAAGUUAUCAAGCUUGAGUCUAUUUUGGACCAGUUCGCUAUCACCGUGCAAAAUUUAAGGCGUAAUUCUCAGAAGCUCGCAGGUCAACAAGCUGCUUAUGAUGCAUUAUUCGAGAAGGCAAUGGCUGCCCAGUCGAAAGUUGAUCAAAUGAAGGCACAAGUUCAACAACCAGGCCUUGGGAUUCAAGAGUGCAAUAAUAACAUUGCUACAUGGAAAGCAGAGAUACAAUCCUUUCAAGCUGAGAUUGCCAAUCGAGAGCAAAAGAUCCUUGAAGAAAAGAGCAAGCGCUCGAAGAUUGAAGAAGCUGUUGCUGCUACCACUCAAGAGUCAAUUCGAGAGGCUGCAAAGGAAGGUAUCUCUCACUUUAGUGCUGCUGCUGUGAUCAAGGAAGAAAUUAAAUCUCUCGAAGAUGCCAUAAAGAUCCAAAGCGUCGAAGUUGGCCUCAUCAAAGAUCACUACGCAGAUUUCAAAUCCAAGUGUUUACCUUAGAUUUUAUUUAUGUUGUUUAAUCAUUCGAACAAUUAUCUGGUUUCUUUUUAUUUUGGUUUGUAACCUUGACAAUUGCCUUUUAUGGCACUUCUACUUUG